AUGCCGUUCGGCCAGGUCGUCAUCGGCCCACCAGGCUCGGGCAAGACCACCUACGUCUGGGGCCUGCACCAGUUCUUCACUGCCCUCGAGCGGCCCAUCCUCCUCGUCAACCUCGACCCGGCCGCUCCCUCUCCCCCUUACCCGCACUCUGUCUCGAUCGCCGACCUCAUCAGCCUCGACGACGCCAUGAGCGCGCACGGCCUCGGGCCCAACGGCGCCAUGCUCUACUGCCUCGAGUACCUCGAGGCCAACCUCGACUGGCUCGACCACGAGCUCGACCGCGCCUUGACCGCCCUCGAACAGGCUGGGCCCGCAGGCGGUGGUGCAGCGUCCGACGACGACGAGCUGGAUCCGGUGAGCGGCGGGAGGAAGGAGCGGCGACGGUGGAGGCGGGACGAGAUGUACGUCGUGUUCGACACGCCGGGCCAGGUCGAGCUCUCGACCAACCACGACAGCCUCAAGCACGUCCUCGAGCACCUGCGCAAGCGCGCCGGCUUCCGGCUCGCCGCCGUGCACCUCAUGGACGCGUCGCACAUCCUCGACGCGCCCAAAUACGUCGCCGUCCUCCUCCUCGCGCUGCGCACAAUGCUCCAGCUCGAACUCCCGCACGUCAACGUCCUCAGCAAGGUCGACCUCCUCGGCCAGGCGGGCGACUUGCCGUUCAACCUCGACUACUACACCGAGGUGCAAGACCUGUCGUAUUUGCUGCCGUUCCUCGAGCGGGACCAGCGCACGCAGCGGUUCGGCGAGCUGAACCGCGUCAUCUGCGACCUCGUCGAGGAGUUUGGGCUCGUCGGGUUCGAGACGCUCGCCGUCGAGGACAAGGACUCGAUGCUGCGCCUCGUGCAGGUCAUCGACCAGGCCCUCGGCUACGUCCCUCCCGCCCUCUCCUCCGCAUCUCCCUCGUCCUCCUCCGACCCCCACACCCACUCGCACCCGCAACCUCCCUCCUCCACCUCCUCACACACGUCGCACCACGCGCACGCCCCGCACCCGUCCUUCGCCCAGUCGCAGCCGCUCAGCACGGCGCUGCACGCCGGCACGGUGCAGGAAAAGUGGGUCGACCACGCGCGCGAGUACGAGGUGCACGAGCGGGGCAUGUGGGAGAAGGAGGGCGAGUGGGCGGCCGAGAGGGCGACGGAGGAGAGCCGCAGGAGGGCGGUCGAGAGGGCGAGGAGGGAGGCGGGCGGGGAGGCGGCGGGCGGCGGGGAGGGUGCUGAGGGACGGUAGCGAGUGUCGGGAACUGGCGCUGCAGUGCGAGAGGUGCAGCGUGCUCCUGGGCUGUGCUGGUCGAGCGUC